CAUUUUCUCUCCGCUGUGUGCCGACCGAGUGCGGAAGUGGCUGGAAACUUAAGGGUUCCGCCUUUAGCUUCGCCACUUACCUCACACUCCUGCUUUCUGUCCUCAGAAAGAGUCAGUAUCAGUAACAAAAACAUCGCAGAGAGCAGAAAUGGCUGGGCGGUUGCCGGCGUGCGUUGUGGACUGCGGUACAGGGUAUACUAAACUUGGAUAUGCAGGAAACACAGAGCCUCAGUUCAUCAUUCCAUCAUGCAUUGCCAUCAAAGAAUCAGCCAAGGUGGGUGAUCAGGCCCAAAGGAGGAUGAUGAAGGGUGUGGACGACCUUGACUUCUUCAUAGGAGACGAGGCAAUUGACAAGCCCACUUAUGCCACCAAGUGGCCGAUUAGGCAUGGUAUCGUAGAGGACUGGGAUCUAAUGGAGAGGUUCAUGGAGCAAGUCAUCUUUAAGUAUUUGAGGGCAGAGCCUGAGGACCAUUACUUCCUACUGACCGAGCCACCUCUGAACACACCUGAGAAUCGUGAAUACACAGCAGAGAUUAUGUUUGAGUCCUUCAACGUGCCAGGAUUGUACAUCGCUGUGCAGGCAGUCUUGGCUCUAGCAGCAUCCUGGACCUCUCGGCAGGUUGGAGAAAGGACCCUAACUGGUACGGUCAUCGACAGCGGAGAUGGAGUCACCCACGUCAUUCCUGUGGCGGAAGGCUAUGUGAUCGGCAGCUGUAUAAAGCACAUCCCCAUUGCAGGAAGAGACAUCACCUACUUCACACAGCAGUUGUUGAGGGAGAGAGAGGUGGGCAUUCCACCUGAGCAGUCCCUAGAGACUGCUAAAGCUGUCAAGGAGCGUUUCAGUUACGUGUGUCCUGACCUGGUGAAGGAGUUUAGUAAGUACGACACAGAUGGCACAAAAUGGAUAAAGCAGUACACUGGCAUAAACGCCAUCAGCAAGAAAGAGUUCACCAUUGAUGUUGGAUACGAGCGCUUCCUCGGCCCAGAGAUAUUCUUUCACCCUGAGUUUGCCAAUCCAGACUUCACCCAGCCAAUCUCAGAAGUGGUGGAUGAGGUUAUCCAGAACUGUCCCAUUGAUGUGCGUCGUCCUCUCUAUAAGAACAUUGUUCUGUCAGGAGGGUCUACCAUGUUCCGCGAUUUUGGCCGGCGUCUGCAGAGAGAUCUGAAGAGAACUGUUGAUGCUCGUUUGAAACUCAGCGAGGAGCUCAGCGGGGGAAAAUUAAAGCCGAAGCCCAUUGAUGUGCAGGUCAUCACUCACCACAUGCAGCGCUAUGCCGUGUGGUUCGGAGGAUCCAUGCUGGCCUCAACACCUGAGUUCUACCAGGUGUGUCACACCAAGAAGGAUUACGAGGAGAUUGGCCCCAGCAUCUGUCGCCACAACCCUGUGUUUGGUGUCAUGUCCUAAGAGUCCUCUCAUCUGCAUACACACGUUUUCUCUCACAUACACACACAUUAACACAGGAUUGGGGGGUGGGCUUGUGGUUGGGGCUGGGGAAAUGGAGCGGGCAACUGGAGAGAGAGAGCGAGCUCAUUUCGGUUAACACCAAACCUGUCUGCUGGAUCCAGAUGAUGAAUGGUUUGUUUAUUUGUUUAUUUGUUUUUGUUAUUCCCGGUACAAGGGAACUGCGGUUACUAGACCAAAAUGACUCCAGCUCUUCUCUGCCUCUCUGCUCAGUAGUACGUGGGAGUCUUUAAAAAAAAAAAAGGAAAAAAAGAGUGAAUGAAUUUGGAAACAAUAAUAUUGACAUUUAUGUUGGUGAUUAUGCAAUAGACUCUGCUGGCAUUACUUAUGUUUAAAGCAUAUGGAGGG